AUGGUUCGACGAGCUCCUAAACCACGAGCAGCAGCAACUGAUAAGACAAAUAGUCAGUUUCCACAAUCCUCGUCCGAAUUUAUAAAGACGAUAACUCAGUUAAAAAGAAAGCCUAAUAAUGAGAAAGCGCUAUUCAUAUUACAUAAGGUUGCCUCUUUAGUAAAACCGAUAAUGAAGAAACAUGGGUUCAAAGUAGGGACACUAUGCGAGUUUUUUCCAAAAGAUCCUAGACUUUUAGGGCUUAACGUUAAUCAUGGAAUGAAGAUAUGUGUUAGACUUCGUCCUUCGCGCAACGAAAAUACUUUCUACCCUCUAGAGGAUGCGGUGGGUACGAUGCUUCACGAGUUGACUCAUAACAAGUAUGGUCCUCAUGACCAAAAGUUUUACAAAUUUCUUGAUGAGAUCACUACUGAAUUAGAGGGCCUAAUGGCCAGUGGGUAUUCUGGAGAUGGAUUCUUUGGGAAAGGAAAUGUUGUAGGAGGAAGUGGUUUUAAGCCCAUGUCUAUAAACGAAGCUCGUAAGAGAGCUGUUGAAGCAGUUGAAAAGCGAAAGGCCAUGUACGCAGGUAGUGGUCAAAAACUCGGCGGUGGUGACAAUGGUCCAAAUCAAAAGAGGAGUAUGAAAGAGUUGAUCCUGAUGGCUGCGGAAAGAAGGGCUAGAGAUAAUAAAUGGUGUGCCAGCCAGCAUAUCCCGCCAACAAAAGACCUUGGAAUAGAGAGUGAUGAUGGUUUUGAAAUUUUAGAUUACAGUUGGAAUGAUUCAGGUAGCGAUGCUAGGGACAGUAGCAGAGAUGACAGUCGUAGCGUAUCUGUUGAUGCUGCCUCGUCCAGUGCUGAGGUACCAGGGCCAGAUCAGUCAAACUUGACGAUUGGGAUAUCUCCUCAAGGAAUAGAACAAAAAAGUUCAAUAAGUCCUAAAUCUGGGAUUUCUGAUACUUGUAGUAAUAUUCUCAAGCGACCAGUAGAAGUUAUUACGUUGGACUCUGACGAUGAAGAUGCCAAUAGACCCGUAAGGAAGCGUUUACGUGAUACUCCUGUCGUCAUAGAUCUGACAGAAGAUUAA